GCUAUUCACUGUUGGUUUCUCCUCGAAUCUGUGGUAGUUUGAUUGGCUAAUUGGUUGUUUGGUGGAUUUCCUUGGAAACAUUGAGAUGGACAGUGAGGAGCAUUGCUGCGUGAAGGUCACUUUUCACAUCAGGCCACUCAUUGAAGAUGAGCGGCUGCAAGGUUGCAAGGAAUGUGCCGUCGUUGUCCCUAGAAAGCCACAGGAACCGCAUACUUCUAUGCAUUUUAAACAUGAGCAAGGAGAUAUUGGGAUGUCUUCCAAAAGUUGUUGGGAUAGACAUAGUGGAGAUGACUCUCUGGGCAAAGGAAAAUAAUACUGCAGUAAGCAGUCAAGUUAUUACUCAUGGUGGGCAAGACGCAUCUGGUUUGAUUCAAGGUCACUCACAAGUUACUGUCGAAAGAGAUCUUGUUUCACAAGCUGAAGAAGAGGACAUGGAGGCUCUCCUUGGCACGUAUGUUAUGGGAAUUGGUGAAGCAGAAGCAUUUUCAGAAAGGUUAAAGAGGGAACUUCUGGCUUUAGAAGCAGCAAAUGUUCAUGCACUUGUUGAAUGUGAAUCCAUAAUAGAGGAGGAUAAAGCUCCUUAUGUUGCUAAAGUAGCUAAAUUGAAGACGGAGUACACCAAGAAAUUAGCUAUGUACAAUAAGAAUCAGCUCCUACAGCUUAAUUCUGCAGAUUUGAUUGUCAAGGGAAAUUUGUAUACUCGGUCAUGUGAAGAUGCAGCCAGGAUAACUUUCGGAGAGAAAAUAGCGAUUGUCAACGCACUGGAAUAAGCUAGAGAACACGACCAUGCAACCUUGCAAGGCCGUGUGGCCAAAUAGAAGAGGAGCAGUGCACGACCGUGCAACUCUUGCACGACCAUGCGACCAACCAGAGGCAGAUCAGAGCAUGGUCGUGCAAACUUGCACGACCGUGCCCCCCACAACCGAAGCGAAGCAAGGAAUGGCCGUGCAACCCUGCACGACCGUGCCCCAGGAGUCGAGCCCUAGAUCCACACAGUCGUUCCAAUUGGCACGGCCGUGCAGCGCGGCCAGAACAGAAGGAAGACACGGCCGUGCGGAUCUCGCACGACCGUGCCACUCAACCCGAAGGGAGGAUGCACUUGGUCGUGCGGAUCUCGCACGGCCGUGGCACGUGCUGUGCGAUGCCCGUGCCCUAACUUAUAUAAGGGUCAAGAACCCUAUUCUUCGGAUCAUCUUUGGUUCGGGACUUCGUUCCCCUUCGGGGGAAACCCUAGAGCUUCAUCCACCGUCAUUCCU